GACGCCCGCCAUUUGUGUUUGCUGUCAAACGAUGUAAUGUCGUGGAGUUGUGAAUAAAUUGCGAUUGUUGCGGCGUAAUUACAUAGGAUAUUUUAUUUUGUUAAGUUUUAUUUUAAUUUUCCAAUAUGUCGAAUGCAUCGCUUGAUAAAGAAACAUUUUAUCGGCGCAUGAAGAAGCUGUAUGCAGCAUGGAAGGCUGCUGCAGCUGAUUCAAAGAGCGAUGAUGCCUUGGCGAAAGUCGAUUGCCUGGUAUCCUGCGUCGGUGUUGACGAAGACACGCUUUACAGCAAGUCAACAGCUCUACAGACAUGGCUGUUUGGUUAUGAGCUGCCUGACACCAUAACAGUUCUCACAGAAAACAGUAUGUGUUUUCUCGCAAGCAAAAAGAAGAUUGAAUUUUUAAGACAAAUUGAAAAUGGAAAGGAGGAAACUGAACUGCCACCAGUGAAAUUACUUGUUAGAGAUAGAAACGACAAAGAUAAAGAAAACUUCAACAAAUUAGUACAAGAGAUAAAAAAAUCAAAAUCAGGCAAAACCCUCGGAGUUUUCGCCAAAGAUAAUUAUCCCGGUGAAUUCUGCGAAAGCUGGAAAGCUGUAAUGAAAGGUGAAAAAUUCGAAAAUGUAGAUGUAAGCUCAGCUAUUGCACACCUAAUGGCGCCGAAAGAGGAUUCCGAAAUAAUAACUGUAAAGAAAGCUUGUAUGGUCACAGUCGACGUCUUUACAAAGUAUUUGAAAGACCAGAUUAUGGAAAUUAUUGAUUCUGAUAAGAAAGUGAAACACUCAAAACUCGCAGAGGGCGUGGAAGCAGCAAUUACAGACAAGAAAUACGUGACAGGGGUAGACACAAGUCAAGUGGAUAUGUGCUAUCCUCCCAUUAUACAGUCCGGAGGAAAUUACAGUCUCAAAUUUAGUGCAGUGUCAGACAAGAACCAUUUACAUUUUGGAGCUAUUGUCUGUUCCCUGGGCGCCCGAUAUAAAUCAUACUGUUCAAACAUAGUUCGUACUCUACUCGUCAAUCCUACAGAUGAAAUUCAGAGCAAUUAUAAUUUCCUGUUAAAUAUUGAAGAAGAAGUUAUGAAGAAAUUGGUUGCCGGCGCUAAACUUUCCGCUGUCUAUGAAGCUGGUUUAGAAUUAGCGAAAAAAGAAAAGCCCGAUUUAGUUGAGAAUCUUACAAAGUCCUUUGGGUUUGCCAUGGGCAUAGAAUUUCGUGAAAGUUCAAUAAUUAUAGGACCCAAAACGAACACAGUGGCUAAGAAAGGAAUGGUGUUUAAUAUUAACAUUGGUUUGGCGAACUUGACCAAUAGCGCUUCAACAGAAAAGGAAGGCAAGACAUACGCACUUUUCAUUGGUGAUACAGUAUUAGUGAACGAAGAACAACCAGCAUCCCUUCUGACACAGUCAAAAAAGAAAAUCAAGAAUGUCGGUAUCUUCUUGAAGGACGACGAUGAGGAGGAAGAAGAAGAAAAGGAGAACAAGACUGAAAUACUUGGCAGAGGUAAAAGAACAGCCGUUAUCGAAUCAAAACUGCGCACGGAACAUUCUUCUGAAGAGAAACGUAAGGAACAUCAAAGGGAACUGGCCAUUACUCUAAAUGAAAAGGCUAAAGAGAGAUUAGCGAAACAGUCGAGCGGGAAAGAAGGGGAAAAAUUGAGGAAAAGCACUAUCUCCUACAAGAGUACCAGCCAGAUGCCGCGGGAGAAUGAAGUAAAGGAACUCAAGUUGUAUGUUGAUCGCAAAUAUGAAACAGUGAUAUUGCCAAUAUUCGGCGUGCCUGUACCAUUCCAUAUAUCGACGAUAAAGAACAUCUCACAGUCUGUGGAGGGCGACUACACUUACCUUAGGAUAAACUUCUUCCAUCCUGGAGCCACCAUGGGUAGGAACGAGGGUGGAAACUACUCACAACCUGAUGCUACAUUUGUUAAAGAAGUAACAUACAGAAGUACAAACACAAAGGAACCAGGCGAGAUAUCCCCUCCCUCCUCCAACCUUAAUACUGGCUUUAGACUUAUUAAAGAAGUACAGAAAAAGUUCAAAACAAGGGAAGCUGAAGAGAGAGAAAAGGAGGACUUGGUUAAACAAGACACACUGGUUCUUUCGCAGAGUAAAGGCAAUCCGAAACUUAAAGAUCUGUACAUAAGACCUAAUAUCGUAACAAAGAGAAUGAGUGGCUCCCUAGAAGCACAUACAAAUGGAUUCAGGUUCACAUCAGUGAGAGGAGACAAAGUGGACAUUUUGUAUAAUAAUAUUAAGAACGCAUUCUUCCAGCCUUGUGAUGGAGAGAUGAUUAUACUGUUACAUUUCCAUUUGAAACAUGCUAUUAUGUUUGGUAAAAAGAAACAUGUAGACGUGCAAUUCUACACGGAGGUGGGUGAGAUCACGACUGACUUGGGCAAGCACCAACACAUGCACGACCGAGACGACUUAGCGGCCGAGCAGAGUGAAAGAGAACUCAGGCACAAACUCAAGGUUGCUUUCAAGAGCUUCUGCGAGAGAGUCGAGAAUAUGACAAAGCAGGAGGUCGAGUUUGAUACACCUUUCAGAGAAUUAGGUUUCCCUGGUGCCCCAUUCCGAAGCACAGUCCUUCUUCAACCCACAUCCGGAGCACUCGUCAACUUGACGGAGUGGCCACCAUUUGUCAUAGCUUUAGAAGAUGUCGAACUGGUACACUUCGAGAGAGUGCAGUUCCACCUCAAGAACUUCGAUAUGGUAUUCGUUUUUAAGGACUACGCCAAGAAAGUUGCCAUGGUUAACGCUGUGCCUAUGAACAUGCUGGAUCAUGUAAAGGAAUGGCUUAACUCCUGUGACAUCCGCUACUCGGAAGGUAUUCAGUCACUGAACUGGACGAAGGUCAUGAAAACUAUUACCGACGACAUCGAAGGAUUCUUUGAUAACGGUGGCUGGUCAUUCUUGGACCCGGAGUCAGAUGAAGAGAACGCCGAAAAUGAUGAAUCGUCAGAGGAAGAAGACGACGCGUACGAGCCUACAGAUGCGGAGACAGAAGAGGACUCGGACGAUGGCUCUGAGUACGAUUCUGAAGCUUCCGACGAAUCUGAUGCAUCUGGCGACAGUGAUGGUGAAGAAGAUGAAGAAUCCGGAAAGGACUGGUCUGAUCUUGAACGUGAAGCUGCCGAGGAGGACAAGAAAGAGCGAGGGUAUGAUCGAAACGAAACUUCCGAGUUUGAUCGCAAGCGCAAGGGCGGCCGUGGCGGCAGUCGGUACGAGGACGAGGGCCACAGCAAGAAGGGCAAACAUGACAAGUCGUCGAGCAAUCACAAGAGCUCGUCCAAUCAUAAAAGCUCCAGCUCCAACCACAAAAGUUCAAACCAUAAGAGUCCGUCAAAACAUAAUAGCAGCAGUCCAUCAAAGAACCGCGACAAGCACCACAAGUCGUCCCACCACGAGCGCGACCGCGGCAAGAGCGACAGCAAGUCGCACAGCAAGUCGAGCGACAAGAAGCACUCCAGCGACAAGUCGCACAAACGUUCGCGCGACGACAGCCGGGAACAUGACCGUACUCCUAAGAAAGCUAAGAAAUAAUGCGGCGAAGAGAUUGAGUUAUGAUGUCGUAAGGAACAAACACGGGUUUCAUUUGUCGCUCACGGCUCGUUACAUUUGUUACUGUGUUCUCACACCCAAUGUCCGUCUGCGCGUUGUUCAAAUCAGGUCUGAAUGUUUGUAUGUAUGUAGUUUAUUUCUGAUUCCAAUGAAAACUGAAACUGUAAUUUAAAUUAUACCACAAA